GCCCCUGUCGGAGCCCGACGAGGCGGUGGCCAUGCGGCUGCGCUCGGGCGCGUUCGCCUGCUCCUGCCUCCUGGUGGAGGCCCUGGGGGUCGCGCUGUUCCUCCGCGGCUUCUUCCCGGUGCCCGUUCGGUCCCUGCCGCGCAGGGGGGCCCGCGGGGACGUGCCCGCCGAACCGGCGCCGCCCGGCCCAGGGAUGGUUUCUAACUGGACCAACAUUCCACUACCGCUUUUCAAAAAAGUUGUCAUUGUGCUGAUAGAUGCUUUGAGAGAUGACUUUGUCUUUGGAUCCAAAGGUAAACAAUUCAUGCCGUAUACUACAGAAAUUGUUGAAAAAGGGACAUCCUACAGUUUCAUUGCUGAAGCAAAGCCACCCACCGUGACUAUGCCUCGAAUUAAGGCUUUGAUGACGGGUAGCAUACCUGGUUUCAUUGAUGUUAUUGUGAAUCUCAAUUCUCCAGCUCUGUUGGAUGACAAUCUGAUAUGGCAGGCAAAAACAGCUGGGAAAAGAAUAAUAUUUUAUGGUGAUGAUACUUGGGUUAAAUUGUUUCCAAAGCAUUUUAUGGAAUAUGAUGGAACAACGUCCUUUUUUGUGUCAGACUUCACAGAGGUUGAUGAUAACGUUACCAGGCAUUUGGAUAGAGUGUUAAAGAGAGAAGACUGGGAUCUCCUAAUCCUACAUUACCUGGGGUUGGACCAUAUUGGACAUAUGACUGGGCCAAACAGCCCAUUAGUAGGACCAAAACUUCGUGAAAUGGAUAGCAUCCUGAAGAAGAUUCAUCUUUCUCUUCUUUCAAAAGAAGGAGGAACUUCCCAGCCCAAUUUGCUUGUUGUUUGUGGGGAUCAUGGGAUGUCUGAAAUGGGUAAUCAUGGUGGUUCUUCAGAAGGAGAAGUGCACACACCAUUGCUGUUUAUCAGUUCCGCUUUCGAAAAGAGAAGUGGUCCUCUGACCAAACCUGAACUUGUGCAACAAACUGAUUUAGCUAGCACGCUGGCAGUAGGUCUUGGUCUACCAAUUUCAAGAAACAGUGUUGGUAGCCUUAUAGUGCCAGUUUUUGGAAGGAAGACAAUGAGAGAACAACUACGUUUUGUGCACUUGAAUGGGUUCCAGCUUAGCAGACUGCUACAAGAGAAUACACCUGCAUAUGAAAAAGAUCCUGGAUAUGAACAUUUUAAGAUAGCAGAAAAAUCCCAUGGCAAUUGGAUCAAACUGUAUUUGGAGGGGAAUGAUUCAGAAAUACUUUUAAAUCUUGGCAAAAAGGUCCUGAAGCAGUAUUUGGAGGCCCUGAAGACUCUGAGUUCUUCACUAAGCAAACAAGUAGUGCAAUACGACAUGUAUUCAAUGAUGGUGGGAACUGUGAUCAUUAUGGAGGUUCUGCUGCUGCUUUUACUCAGCAUUCCGAAAGCCUUGAGUAGCCGGGCAGAAUUUGAAGUCCCCCUCUCCCCUCCUCUAUUCUCUCUGCUGUUUUACCUGAUGUGUCUGAUACUGUGUGCAGUUCAUGUCAUUGUAUGCACAUCGGCGGAAAGCUUAUGCUAUUUCUGCAGUAUAUCCUGGCUAACAGCAGUUGGAGUGAUGAUGCUGAUUUCCGCACUCAUGUGUGGCAUUUUUUCUGCCAUUGCAAAGAUCUUUGAGAAUUCUAGACUUCCACUGAAGAAUCCAGUUGUGUCCAGUUCCAGCUGGUCAGAAAUAAAUGUGCUGAUUCUGGCUGGAACAGUUGGCCAUGUUUUGAGUUUGGGGGCAAGCAGUUUUAUAGAAGAGGAACAUCAAACUUGGUAUUUUCUUAUCAAUACGCUUUGUUUGGCUUUGUGUCAGGAACUUUGCAGAAAUAAUUUUUUUCUGAAAGAAAGUGACCCUCGACAUAACACCACUGUGAAACAGAAUUUUGAUAGUGUAAAGGAAACCUCUCAGUGCAAGAAUAUAGACAUUUCAGCAGCAGAUAGUUCAAAAUUGGGCAAGGACACCUCUGAGUUCUUAAAAGGAUCAUAUAAGUGGAUAAGCUUAGCAAGUCCAUGGGUCAUCCUCAUUUGCUGUCGGCUACUUCGAUCAUUGAAUCAGACAGGCGUCCAGUGGGCACAUCGUCCAGACUUUGGACAUUGGUUGACCAGCUCUGAACAUAAAUCUGAGCUCUCCUUCCUGGCUGCAAUCUCACUGCUUAUGAUCUUCUUUCUGGUUCAAAGAAAAUGCUCCCUGGUUUCAAAAAUUGCUAUGGCACUUGGGCUUCUUGGAAUCUACAGUUAUCGGGCAGCUAUUGGCAAUGUCAUAUUUCCAUGGCAACAUGACAGCAAAGAUAUUUCAAAGGGGAUUACUGAAGCUCGUUUUGUUUAUGUCUUUGUUCUUGGCAUAGUCUUCACUGGCACUAAAGAUUUACUAAAGUCACAGGUUAUUUCUGCAGACACCAGCGUGAAGAGUACAGGAUUAUGGGAAGUGUACAGUGGAUUGGUUUUACUAGCAGCCCUUCUGUUUAGACCUCACAAUUUACCAGUCUUGGUAUUUUGUCUGCUGAUUCAGACAGUGAUGACAAACUAUAUCUGGAGACCUUUGAAAUUUGAUGCAGCACAGAUUUCUGUCAUGCACUACUGGUUUGGCCAAGCUUUCUUCUUUUUUCAGGGAAAUUCAAAUGGCAUUGCUACUGUGGACGUUUCAGCAGGAUUUGUGGGACUAGAAAGCUAUGUGGAGAUACCAGCUAUCUUCCUUACAGCAUUUGCAGCAUAUGCAGGACCUUUGCUUUGGGCCAUUCAUCUGCUCUGCUACCUGAGUUCUGAAGUUAGCAGGAAUUCAGCGGCAGUGGGUCACGGCUGUUUCUGCUAUGCUCUAAUGCGUUCAAUUCCAGUUGCCAUCUACAUUGUUUUGAUAACAGGUCUGCGUUACCACCUGUUCAUAUGGAGUGUCUUCUCGCCAAAACUGCUUUAUGAGGGAGUGCAUGUAUUCAUCACAGCCGCCAUCUGCCUGUUCUUCACAGCCAUGGAUCAGAACCGCUCUCACAACGUGCAAGGUUGAAAACAAGUGUGUGGAACACAGUUCUGCAUUGCACGACUGUCCAGUGUGUCACAAAUGGAAGAAGGAAAAUGAUGACUUUACGUUUUUGUGCAGAAUUUGAAGAGUAGCCUUGUGUAUUUUACUGAAGAUCAGGAUUUGAAAGCCCUGUCCUAUUUUAAAACUGAGUUUGCUUUAAAAAUGUUGAAUUGAAAUAAACUGUUUUUUAAUCAUAACUUCUGUUCUGCAGCUGUCAUUAUAGCACUCUCCAAAUAACAGAAUGGAAAUAUUACAUGAUUUGAAUUUAAAAAUGUACAUCUUAAUAUGAAUACAGGCCGAUGUCUCAUGGGCACUGAAAAAAUUUUUUGCACAUACCAUUUGUUACCUUCAUAGGCUACAGAAUCCUAAAAAUAUACAGGAUUUCUUGGUGCUGCUCACAAGAUCUUCUAUUCAUUAGCUGGAAGUGGGAUUUUGUUUCUAGUGUGUUUAUUGAAAUUAUUAUUAAAUUAUUAAAUUAUUGUACAAAUAUCACAGGUAAAAGAUUUUUUUGUUUGUUUUACAUAGCCAGCAUUUCUAUUUUAAGGUGAUGUUUUCUUUGUAAGAUGAAUGCAAUCAUUAUCUGUAAUGGAUUUUGAUCUGCACUUCAGGCACUGGGUAAGAAACUCUAGUGGACUAACAACGUAAUGAAUCUUCUAUGGAGUCCAUUCACUGCUAAAAUGUUGUUCUUCUUUUUAUUAAUGUAUAGAUCUUAUAUCAGGUUGGUGGCAGCUGUACUGAAUAUUUGGUCAUGUGUUCCACACUAAGGUAGAGAGUUAUGAGCCAUGAGGAGGAAAAUAGUUGAGUGGGCUAAGUUAACAGCAGAAUAAAGGUUGUGUUUGCAUCACCUUACCUGUAGCAACCUGGCUAGCCACCUCAGUUGAAUGAGUUAUAAUUCAUUCCUAACAAUGUUGUCUUCCUUGUUUCCGUCAAGAAGAUACGUGUUGCUGACUAUCUUGAUUAUCAAUAUUCUAUUUAUGGGGGUUUGUUUUUGUCUCUUACUUUCCUCAAUGUUAGCACCCAAUAGGAUUUAAUCUAAAUGUAUUAGAGAUUUAGCAGAAGAUAAACAUACAGGGAACUUGAACUUCUGUUAAAAAUCUGAAAAUAAAAAGCUCUUAAGACCUAGGUAGCUGACAAGACAUUUGUUAGGAUCACAGAUACUCUUUUCAUCUCGUUUCAGAUAGAGCAAAUAGUAAAAAGUAGGCCUUUCAUUUUUAUACAUUAGUUAUAGGCCACCUUGAUCACUGAUAAUGAUUUUUUUUUUUCUGAUGUAUCACAACAUAAUUUUAGGUACCCUGGCAACAUAUUGCUGUUUGCCUGGAGAAGAGCUUAAUGUCAUUCGCUGUGACCUGUUGGAGGUUUGAAAAUUAAGUACAUUUAAUAAAUUGUUUUUUCACUGCAAAUUAUGGAAUAUUUAAAACAGCGUGCAUUUGUGAAUGUUGUACACAUUUAUAAUUUUCAUCAUUCUCAGUAUUUUUCUGGUUGCCUGUUGCCUAGCAACCACAUGAGGAUUAACGACAUCUUCUCUUUUUGCUUAUUUGGUUAAUUCCUUAGCAAUCCUCCCUAGCAUUUGUACAGAAUAUGUUUAGAAGAGACUUGACUUCGAGAGAAAGGGUGCUAAUAAAGAGACAGAAGAAGUGGGGGGAAAGUUGCCUCUGGGGUACAGAAUACUAAAAAAAAUGGGGUGGCAUUUCCAAGAUCUUUCAUUCUUUUGUUCUGAUAUUUUUUGCUUCUAGGUUAGUUCUUUAGAUUCCACUACUUCAUAAAAUGUCAAAGUAUUGUGUAUGUAUUAAGCAUACAUUUCUUCAUUUCUUCAGCUUACUUAGUUAAAUAAUCAUCGUGUCCUCUUUCUCCUCUGAAGUUGUAACAUGUCCCAGAGCGUGAUGGAGUUUGAGUUAAGACUCUUAUAAGUGAAUUCUGGUUUAAAUAAAACAGAAAAAAAACCAAACCAAACCAGGUAGUAAGCUUCUUGAGUUUGCAAGUUCUUCCAGGAGAGGAGUUUCUUGGGUUGACUAUUCUGGUGAGCUCACAGCAGGAGUAGUUACCUAAAUGCUUAGUGAGUUAUUAGAUUGUCAUCUAAAUAAGUGACUAUACAUUAGUGAUUCGUGAGGUUAGUGGAGAUCUUCAGCAUGUCCUUGUUCAUCUGACCCUCUCCAGACAUUUGUGUUAACCAUGAAUAAUCUUAAAUCACAUAAGCUUAUAGUGAUUAGCGCCUUGUUUUGGCCUGGGAAUGAGAAAGCAUCAGGGAGCCCUUCUGGCUGUAGUCAGCUUCCAAGAGAGAGGGCAUGGAUGUGGUGAAGAUGGGCUCUACUCAGAAGGGCACAGGAACAGUCCCAAAGGUAAGAGGUGCAUGUUACAGUAUGGAAUUUUGCCAGGAGGUCAGAGGAGCCUCUUCUCCUCUGUGUAUUUAUGCUCUGGAGUAGGGCCCAGACGUCCACCCUUGGGAUAUCUUACCAUCUUGGAGCAGGCUCUGUUGUGGGCUGGAGGUUGUUUUGGGUGAGUUCCAGAAGUCUCUUCCAGGUAACAUUUGUCAAGGACUCUGUGGUUUUGUUAUGUUUAAAGUUGACUGCCAUUUUUUACUCACCAUUUCCCAGGCUGCUUUCUGAAGUCAAAGGGCUUGUCACUGAUUUCAUAACAAAAAUAUUAAAAAAUCUAAACAAUAGGAAAUAAAACAACUGUGUCACUUUUUUAAAGAGACAAACGUAGCAGCUGAAAACUGUUGUUAAUUUUGGUUUUGUUUUAUGUAAAUAUGUACUUCUAAGAUAGAUACAAGCAUCACUGGAAGAAGAGGUUUAAUGCUGUCUGCUUUUAGCCAAUUCCUUCAGUGCCUUUAGCUUGAGAGUUCCCAGAUUUGAUGAGGAAGGGCCCUAUUUUGCCGUUGUUUCUGCUGUGAUUCAGAUGAUUCCCCAAAACACUUAGCUUGCCUAUCAGGCCUCAAGUGAAAGUGGUGCCCUUGCUGUGAUGUGAUCUCUGUGGGCCCAUGCUGGGUACAUGUGAUAGGACACAUACACGGAGGUGACUUGAUUUCCGAAGCUGUUUUUCUGGCUUCAGGCUAAGAACUAGGCCUGUGAACAUUGAUCCCUGCAUUUUGCCUUGUGGGGUGCAUCGGUCCAUCACAAAGGACCUGUCAUCUCUCAGCAUUUGCUAAAAAGCUUGAGUUGUCUCCCAUGCUUAAUGUAACACUAUUGUCUUCCCCACUUGCAGGCGACAAAGAUGUAUUUUCAGUGUGAUGCUAGCUUAAGGUGUAACUCAGGUUCACUCUGUAGCUCAAAGCACAUGCUUUGUGAAUGACAUUGUGAACUUUAAAGUGAGAGUGCUAGCCACUAGAGAUGGGUUUCUGCAUAAUGCUUGGUCUCAGAAUUUUCAUCACCUCUGCCUUUUUUAUGCCUCUGAUUUUACCAAUGCUGUGUGUUCUUUUUGGUAAUGUCUACUGCAAAGACCGCUCGCAAUGCGGAAUAUGACACAGCAUAGCUCACAUGGCUAAUGUGCACCUGCUACUGCAUGGUUGGUGUAUUGGUCACCAACCAGAAGAUACAGGAUUCAAAACACUUGGGAUCUCUUGAAGCUGUUACCCUGAGAGGUGGUUAUGUCUGGUGAGAUAGGAAGACUUUAGCUGAACUUUUCCUCAUACAAAAAAAGAAAGCUGUUUGAAGAGCACUGUCUUUGAAGGCUGUUGGACUUCCCAGUGGGUCAGAAUAGUCCAGCCUGGUCCCAAGAUUUUGUUGAGAAAAAGAUGUUUCCAUGGACUGAUCGUCUGAAAAAGCUGAGUCUGUGGUCCCAGAAAUGGCACUGGAGAAUGGUGUGUUGUAUGCAGUUGUUUAGGUUUGCUGGUUUGGCACAAGUUAGUUUGUCAUCACAUGUGUACAACAGUGGCUGAGCAGAGUUAGUCUGUAGAUCCUUUGGGUGAAUGGGCUGGGUAGGAUGGGGCCUUGGGCAGCCUGGUCUAGUGGGAGGUGUCCCAGCCCAUGGAAGGGGGAUUUGAACUGGGUCAUCUUUAAGGUCCAUUCCAACCCAAACUAUUCUAUGAUGCUGUGAAAACGUGCAGCUGAAUCAUACCUAGGGCCAUGGAAACCAACACCUUAUUCUCUAAAAGUAGACUUUAAAAGGAAAAGAGACAAACAAAUCUACUAUCUGUGAUUCUGCCUCAGCACCUCCAAGUAGUACUUGUUACAGUUGGCUAUAGACUACCAGAUGUGCUUGACUGAUGAGAAAUGCAAAGCAUGUGGACAGAAAGGUAGUUUUGGGGGAACAGUUGAAUGUUUUCUAGGUGACUUUUUGUUUUGGGGAAAGGCUUAAAAAGAGACAAACAUGACUGGUGGAGCUCUCUUGGCUGCACAUGAACUCCCUCUGCUCAUUACUGCUCAGGACUUUUGGCAGUGGCAACAGAAAGCCUGGUUCCUCCAGAAGAACUGUGCUGGUGAUGCCUUGAUCAUGAAAGAAUCUUAUUGUCCCUAUAGGAGACAGCUGCUGAGAAAAGAGAGAAGCCCAUUAGAGAGGAGUGCUGCUGAGUUUUUGCUGUCUGCAACUCUGCCAGUGGCAUGUUUGUGAGGAUGUGAACAUCUUCUUUCCACUGUGGGUCUUGACAGAAGGUGUCCAGCAUUUCCUAUUUAGACUUGCUAGGUGGCAUGCCGCAGCACAGGAAUCCUAGGCUUCCCUCGUGCUUUCCUAUAAACUUCCUGGGCUAGCCUAUGGAGAUACGGCUAAGCAUCAGCAGUAUAUCAUAGACAAGGAUCCUGGGGCAUGUCCUCAGUAAAGGCUGGUGGUCAGGACUUAGACAGUGCCCAGUCCACAUAAAAGCAGCUGUCUGACCAGUCUAUGCAGGUAAGCUUUGGCAAAGGAUGCAUGUUGAAACCAGGCUUUGCUAGUACCCCUGGACCCAGAACAGCUUUAUUUAAAUGCAUACUGACUGAAGAAGCUCCUACAAGUUCCUUCUUACUUGCUCCAGAAAGAAGUAGCUGGAGUCACCUGGGAAAUGUGCCUCACUAGCAGAGUUUUACUGCUUUUGAUUUAGGUUUCUUAGCUCAGACUAUGGUCAACACUUGCAGCUCUGCUUCAGCAUCCUUCUGGGAUCUGGACAGCUGUUUUGGCUCCUGAGAACACAUGCAGGGCAGAAAUGACAGGCUUUCCACCCUUCUCUGCAUUCCUGCGUCUGACAGUGUGUGUGAGACCAGCUGCACGGCUCUCACCUCAACAGACAUGUAGGGAGCAAUGCCACACAGCUUGCUUGGCACUUGGACUGUGAGUUGGGGGCAAAUGCUGUUUCCCCUUCACUAAGUGGUGUGGGAAUAGGGCUGGGUCUAUCUGAUACCAGAAGGGACACACAGUACUCUUCUGUCUUGCAGAUCAGCACUGACACACAGUUAAAGAAAGGUCAGUCUUUCUUUUUGCAUCGCCUGGAAAUGUACCUUGUAGGACCAGCUCGUGUGCCCUAGGGUGCAUUUGGCGGAGCCAACAUGAUGACACCAAAAAUGUAUCGUGUGCUAGGCAUGGCUAGCAGGCAGGUAUAGCACAAACAAGCUAUUUAAAGCCUGAAAAUUCUGAUGAUAAAAUGCUACAUGAUUAGCAAAGUAAUUUUAAUGCAUUUGCAACAAAUGUGUGCAUUUGCAACAAAUGUGUUCAUCUGCAUGAAGAGUGUAGUGAACAUAGAUUAGCUGAAACAAAAGCUAAGCGACUGGGCAGUUUUCCUCUUUGAUGCAACGAUUAUAAUUAUUAUAGUUGGGUUUUUUAUAUGUGAUGUUCUGAAAAUGUCUUAGCUGAAUACAGAGUAAGUGUAAUUUUUCCAGAAGUGUUUCACCUCCUGUUGGAUGCUUAACUCAAAUUGCUGGCUUCUUUUCAUCAGAUCAAUUAGGUUUUCUUACAUUCUUGCAUGUGACACCCUCCCCCACAGACCCUUCAAAGAUACUGUUUGCCUGGAACGCAAUUUUUAAUGGUAUUACUUAAUGGCCUUGCUCCAUUCCCACUGAAAUCAGGGGAGAUUUGCUCAUACUGCCAAGAGACCCUAGACUUGCAAAUCAUUUCCAGUUGCCAUCACCGAGAUCUUCUACUUGCCUGAUGCUGUAUUGUUUAAAAUGUCUUAAGUACUCUUAGAAAAUAAAGGCCAAAUCAGUUCAAUUCUGCAUUUGAAAUGUCAGUGUCAUGCUGCUUUUAUGUAGGCAUAUGCAUAUUAUUAUUUUCUGAAUGUAAUUGUCUUAAGUGCUGUUGAUCGUGCAAAGAGUAUGAUGCAUUCUCUGACUCAAGGGUCUGAGAAUCAAAGAUCUAAAUCCUGCAAAUGCUUAAGCAUGUGGAGAAAGCCCUCUCAAGGGAUUACACGGACACCUAGCUACUCUUGUGUUCAAGGCUGGUGUGCAACUUUAGUAGACCAAAACCAGCAGAACGUUACAUCUCCGAGCGGUGAUGGUCAUUGGAGAGAGAGGCUGGGCAGGAUAGAAGGAGAAGGAUAGGUAAGGAUAGGAGCAGGCAGGAGAACAGUAGUAUGGAUGGAGCAUUUGGAAUCAGACGGAAGUUUCCAGAUGAGGCAUAGAAAACACUAGGAAGAAAUAAUGAACAAAGUGGGGGAAAAGGAAAACUGGGGAAUGUGUGAAUACUGGGUCAGCCCUGAGUCAGUGAUGUCUCUCCACAGGCUGAUUUCAGUGAGUCGUCACCUUGUCCUUGAAAGUGGUUGCAUACCCAUAUACAUCGCCGAAUCAGGUCCCCAGCCCCUGGCCUCCUUUCUUGCAAAGGCUGCUUCAGUGUGUGAGCAGCGCGAGCUCCCUGCAUGGAGCAUGUGCUGAGAUGUCUUCUGGUGAGCUAAACCACUAACUGAAAACCAACCCUCAUGUUUAGUUGUCUAUUAUCUAUUGCUAUUAAUGUACUUGAUAUAAUUUGACAGCAGUGAUUAGAAUUAAUUGGGGAUUUGCAGGCUGUCAGAUGUAGCUUUCUCUUGAGUUUGUGGUCUUUAAGGAUUAGCUGCUAUUUAAAGCAGCAGUGUAUGGACUUCUACAAUAUUUUUGUGCUCUGUCUGUCCAGCUGUGCUGGAGGAAGAAAUGGUGCCUGUGGGUGCAAGCUUGAAAUUCAGUGCUCUGCUGCUCUGCCUUGACUCCCCCAACCCUGGUGAGAUUGAUCACAGAGUUUCUAGUACUAAGGUGUAGGCUUUCAAAUCCUCUUCUGUGCUGGACUCUACAACUAAUGUUGCACUGGAGACCUAUGUAGUCUUGGUCUCUCCGGGAAGGGACUGCUGCUAUUUGACAGCCAUUUCUUUGGGGCUAAAACAGCUGUUAUUCCUGGUUUGCUCCUUGGCACAGGCAAUUCAAUCUGCCACUUCCACUUGCAGAGUCCAUCCUCUGCCUCAGGGGAAGACCCGAGCUGUUCAGAGCAGAAGCAAAUUCCUGCAGCUCAAGACCUGGACAUACUGUGCCAGGGCUGCUGUCUUCCUGGCCCAGACCAGCAGCAACACAGGCAGGAGAGCUUGUGGCAGCAGCACAUCCAAAGAGGAUGUGUCAUGUUUCUCUGCCUGCCUGAGCAUUUAAGCACAUGAUUCACACCCAUCACACCUGGAUGUCCAUACCUUUUUUUAACGCGCUUUUUGACUUGGGUGGACACAGAGAGGAUAACUGGAAUCACAGAGGGCUGUGGCGAGAGCCUGGAAUCCACCUGCUGAAAGGCAGGUGCUUAAAAAUGAGUGCAGAGGCCGAGAUCUGCAGCCUGACUUCCAAAUCAGGAAAGAACAUCACAUUUCCCACAGGAUUCAACAGCAACUUUCUGGAAACAAAACAGCAAAACAACCCAACAGAUUUGUCAUCUGUGUGGCCAACAUCAAGUUUUCUCCUUUUUAUGUUCAGGUCCACAUCUUCCUCUUUUUUUUUACCUUUUUUCUUUUUUACUACAAUGAAGCUUUUGCGUGCUUUGUAGUAGGAAUUUAAAGGAGGAGACAGAAUGAAAAAUAGAGUAGGGGCACUGGGUCUUCUGGUCUCGAUCUUGCAAAUGUACUUAUGUGGGAUGCUGCAGCCCAACAUGAGGUCCAUGAGAUCCAUGGAAAAGGCUGUGUUUGACCAUGUUAGGCCUGAGCAUGCACUGGCAGGAGCCUGGCCAACAGUCCUCUCUUCAGAAGCUAUAGAUCUAUCUCUCCUGGCAGUUGCUGGAGCGAGCCUUCUGCUAGCUCCUGGAUAGACUAGUUCUUUGGCCUUCUCUGUAAGCUAUCGUUUAAGAACAUGAAGAUGUUUCUAAAAUGUUUAGGUAACAAUCAGCAUUCAGCACACACCUUCCUAUUUUCAAACUAGGGAUUUUUAACUGGACAGAAGUAUAGUUCUCUGACAAGAAGAGAUGGCAGCUAGAACUGUUCUGGUGACUGAUUUUGCAUUUGCAAGUUACUAUAGAAAACUUUUCAAUCCAGAAAUAUUUUAGCUGGCACUUGUUUAAAUUGGAUCCUCUUAAAAUAGCUUGAGUUAUUUUAGAAGACUUUUCUGCCUUUAGCUUCUUGGUACCUAUUAGGAAAUAUUAAGCGUGCAUACACUUUUCUAAAAUGAAUAAUGGAGAUCUUAGAGCAAUCAGUUCUGUGUGGGAUGCCUAAAGUGUUAAUAUAGUUGAAAGGAUUAUUUCCAAAUUAAGAUACCUAGAAUUGGAAGUGAUCAUUAUGUGAUUUCUGCAGUUGAAAGGCAUGGAGUAGGAAAUACAGAGAGCUGGCGGUGUGUAUGUGUUCUGAAUUACGAUUAUUUAUGUGUGCACUCUCUCAGCCCUGUGCUAUAGUGUUAUUAAUAUCCAUCCAUAUAUAAUUGAUUUAAAAACUCUGAGACUCAGUUUCUGUGAUCUGAGAACAGAAACUUUUCACAUGGAUCUACUAAUCCCAGCCAAUUUAAAGCAAAUAAUGUUAUUUGUUAUUAUAAAGUUGCUAUUUUGAAAGGUUGUUUUAUUGUUUCCUUUUUUUUGUACAUAGAAAGAAAUCUUCUUUUCAAUGGGAAAAUAACUACUGCUGGCACAGCAGAGAGAUAAUUUUAUUGCCUGCAUCUUCAUUUUGGAUGGACAGGCAUGUGCCAGAGAAAGCUGUGUAAUGCUAGAGCUUCUGUCAGGCAUGGCUUUGGAUAUCUUGCUGCCCCUUGGGACCCUGAUGACUUGGGAGCUUUAAUAUCUGCUUGUGUCUGAAAACUCCAGGCAGUUUUAGGAUCCCUGGCUGAUCCGGGACAGGAGCUCUGGGUAGCAACUGCAGUGAUGACUGCAGGCUUUGAGAUGCUUUUCAGCCUGCAGUCACGAGGAGGUGGCAAUUGCAUUACCCUGCGGAAAGCAGAAUGUGAAUCUGCAGGUGGGAUGGAGGCGUGACUGGGGGACUGACAGCCAAAGCAGCUGAUAACUCCCUGCCUUCCUUCAGGGCAAGACUAUGGUGCAGAGAAGAUUGCAGGACUGCACAUCAGACUAGCAUGAUAAGGUAGGGUGAAGCAGUGCCAAGAGGUAGGCGGGAGAGGGUUGUUUUACAGGAGCAGCAGAAGUUUUCAAGCAUACUUUCUGCAAUUUUCUGGGUGCUAGUCCAAAAAGAGAGAAGUACUGCAGGGUAGGGACAACCUGUAGGGAUCAUAAAACUGGUGCCCAUUUUGCCUGCUAAGUCCCAGGGCUAUCCUUGCAACUUUGCUUGCACCAUCCAGAAUGGACCUUCAUGUGUUCAUGUAAGCACAUCUCCAUUUCUGGCACUUUUUCUGUAAUGUGCUCUCAUUAAGAUGCUAAUUUUUCCCCAAGCCCAGAAAAUGGUGCAUGACAAAAAGUUUGGCUUAAGCCACAGCAUAGUAAAAGUGUCUCGCUUUUUGUUUUCGCUUGUUUUGCUGCUUGAAGCUAGUAGUUUAGACCUAUCUCUCUGUAACUGUGCCGUCCUGAAGGACAGAGGCUUCUGUCCACUGCUUGGGCUGCUGCAGUUCUUUCUAAGUCCACCUUAUUACUGGAUUCAACACAAACACACACACUUUGAUAGUUCUGCAUGACUUUUCAUCCAAAAACCAAAACCAUAAACAAAAUACGCCUGGUCUGCAUUUAUUCCAAAAGAAGAAUGACCUAUAAAUUCAAUUUAAUUAUUUCUCUUUCUUAAGCAGUGUGUUAACAGCCGUGUUGUUAGAAACAGCGUAACAUCAGCUCUUGGGAUUUUCUCCUUACACAAAGUUGCCUCUGCCUUCAAGCUCCUUUAUGUUGUGUUUGGUGCUCUUCAGUGGUGCCUCCAUGUUUAUCAAAGGAAAUGCUAGUUUUUUCAGAAUGUCUUGAGUAAUUCCAGAGCCAAAUAGCUUCUGGUAUGUUUUAAAAUAAUACUUUCUAAUUUGAAAGUUUCAUACAGAAGACAUUUGCUAACAAAGAAAAGCACUAUUUGUUGGCACCUGCUAGCAAGGCAGUAAUAACCCUAAUCAAAUUGAAACCCUUUGUGCUCAUGCCUUACCUGAACCAUGUUAAAUGGACUUUGAGAGAGUGUUUAAAUAUACCCUUGUGGCACUUAUGAUCAAGAUGUCUUUGAAAUGAAAAAACACUAAAGUGUUUGUCUAAAAAUUGUUUCCCGUUGUCCUUCCUGCGCCAAUGCCUCAGAACAUGUUGGGUUCAUGCUUGUGCUAAGCAAAAUCCUUCAGAUUUGUAGUGAGCACUCAAAUGGAUACCUUGGAGAAAACAGGUAACAAUGAAGAAAAGUGAGACAAUAACUGGAUUGGAGCCCUGCAGGGAAAGCUGUCUGGGGUCUGCACCAGUAUAGCAAAAUCUUUAGCGCUGGUGGGGAUCAUAGGGUAGUCUUUUUUUUAAUGCCCCCUAACAACAACCCACGUAGCUCAGGUCAGCUUUCCAAGCAAAGCUUUGCUGACAUGGAGGCCUGCUCCUGUUCCUCUUGGCGGAAUGU